AUCACCACCAACAACAUCCAACAUGGCGGCGUCUGUCCGGGAGAAGCAGACAGUCGCUUUGAAGCGAAUGUUGAACUUCAACGCUCCUCCUCUGAAGAACACAGGAGCUGAGCCAGUAUGGAAGGUGUUGAUAUACGACCGGUUUGGACAGGACAUCAUCUCCCCGCUGCUGGCCGUCAAAGAGCUGAGAGACAUGGGCAUCACCCUGCACCUGCUGCUCCACUCAGACAGAGAUCCCAUCCCAGAUGUUCCAGCUGUGUACUUCGUCAUGCCCACAGAGGAGAACAUUGACAGGAUAUGUCAGGACCUGAGGAACCAGCUGUAUGAGUCGUAUUACCUGAACUUCAUCUCGGCCAUCAGCAGAAGUAAACUGGAAGACAUCGCCAGCGCUGCUCUGGCCGCCAACGCUGUCACCCAAGUCACCAAGGUGUAUGAUCAGUACCUGAACUUCAUCACUCUGGAGGACGACAUGUUCAUCCUCUGCCACCAGAACAAGGAGCUCAUCUCCUACCACGCCAUCAACAGAGGAGACCUCCAGGACACAGACAUGGAGGCGAUCAUGGACACGAUAGUAGACAGUCUGUUCUGUUUCUUUGUUACUCUGGGCGCCGUGCCCAUCAUCCGCUGUCCCCGUGGCAACGCAGCAGAGAUGGUUGCCGUGAAGUUGGAUAAGAAGCUGCGUGAGAACCUUCGUGACGCCAGGAACAGUCUGUUCACAGGAGACAACAUGGCCGCCGGGCAGUUCAGUUUCCAGAGGCCUCUGUUCGUCCUGGCCGACCGUAACGUGGACAUGGCCACGCCCCUCCACCACACCUGGACCUAUCAGGCGCUGAUCCACGACGUCCUGGACUUCCACCUGAACCGCGUGCUGAUGGAGGAAGGAGCCGGAGCAGAGCCGUCGCCCGCCGGAGCAAGACCAAAGAAGAAGAGCAGGAAAGCCUACGACCUCACUGCUGCUGACAAGUUCUGGCAGAAACACAAGGGGAGUCCGUUUCCUGAAGUCGCCGAAUCUGUUCAAGAGGAGCUCGAUACGUACCGAGCUCAGGAGGACGAGGUGAAGCGCCUGAAGAGCAUCAUGGGUUUAGAGGGAGAGGAUGAAGGAGCCAUCAGCAUGUUGUCAGACAACACGGCCAAACUCACGUCUGCUGUCAGCUCUUUGCCAGAACUGCUGGAGAAGAAACGACUCAUAGAUCUACACACCAACGUGGCCACGGCCGUACUGGAUCACAUCAAGAGUCGUAAACUGGACGUUUACUUUGAGUAUGAAGAGAAACUGAUGAGCAAGUCGACUUUAGACAAAUCACUGCUGGACAUCAUCAGUGACCCAGAUGCGGGGACGCCAGAAGAUAAAAUGAGGCUGUUCCUGAUCUAUUACAUCACUGCUCAGCUGGCUCCGUCAGAGUCGGACCUGGAGCAGUAUAAGACGGCUCUGACCGACGCAGGCUGUGACCUUUCACCUCUCAACUACAUCAAACAGUGGAAGGCAUUUACCAAGAUGGCCGCCACUCCAGCCAACUAUGGCAACAGUGGAGUCAAACCCAUGGGAUUGUUUUCCAGAGUGAUGAAUAGCGGCUCUCAGCUCGUGAUGGAGGGAGUGAAGAACCUGGUGCUCAAACAGCACAAUCUUCCAGUCACUCGGAUCCUGGACAACCUGAUGGAGAUGAAGUCAAACCCGGAAACAGACGACUAUCGAUACUUUGACCCCAAGAUGCUGCGAGGCAGCGAGAGCUCCAUUCCCAGGAACAAGAACCCGUUUCAGGAGGCCAUCGUGUUCGUGGUGGGAGGAGGAAAUUACAUCGAGUACCAAAACCUGGUGGACUACGCCAAGUCUAAACAGGGGAAGAAGAUCGUUUACGGUUGCAGUGAACUCUUCAACGCUGCUCAGUUCAUCAAACAACUCUCCCAGCUGGGCCAGAAGUGACGUGGGAACCAAGCACAUGUGAAUCUCAGUGUUUCUCUCUCGGGGGGUCGUAGCAGAUCUCUUUAUUCCAUUUCUUUUUUAUCACUCUGUUCUGUAAACGGACUAAACUUUGUCAGUCUUUGUCGUUUCUUUCUUCAGAUCAGCACUAAUAAAUAAUAAAUAAUAAAGCUUAACAGUUUAAACUCA